AUGGAAACUUGGUCAGUGGAUCAGGUCUGCAGCUGGUUGGUGGAGAAAAACUUAGGCGAACUAGUCCAUAGGUUUCAAGAGGAAGAAAUAAGUGGGGCCGCCCUUCUAGCACUUAAUGAUCGGAUGGUUCAGCAACUGGUAAAGAAAAUCGGGCAUCAGGCAGUUCUGAUGGAUUUAAUUAAAAAAUACAAGCAGAAGGGCCAAGGACUGCAGGGUCCUGGAAGCUGCAGUGACAGAGCCCUGGUCACACAAACAGAAACAGCCCCACAAAAUGAACAGUCUUCCAGUCUAGCCAGCUGUGGGGAACAGACGCCAUCAUUUUACCCAGCUGACAACCUAGAUAAUGGACUAAUCGACCAAAGAGUAUUGAAACAGAGAAGAAAUAUGAAACAUGUUCUAGCCAGGAAUAAAGCAUUGCAAUGGACAAACUCCUAUGUCUUACCCGAGUUUCCCUAUGAUGUCAAAUGCAUGUUGGCGGAGCAGAAGUGUCCCGACCACAGCAUGAGGAUAAGGAUGAUCGAGUUCCUCCAGGCUGACAUGACGAAGUAUCUGGAAGGCUCCCUGUAUCCCACCACCCAACAGUACAAUGAUGUGGUCAGUGCCCUGCUGCAAGCCCACCCUUUCCUGGAUGACAAUGGCUGUGGCUUUUUUUCAUGGAAACGAGCUCUCAAAGAUCGCUUUAAGUAUGUUCGAAGACCUAUAGAAGAUGAUGAACAAGUGCUGAGAAAUAAGUGUAAAUUUGGACACCGACGAGGCCAGACAAGGAAAUCUCUUGAUGAUAUACAAUUUGAUGAAAUUAAAAUCGUGCAGAUAAAAGAAGAAGUUGUUAGUUCGGAUUCUGAAGUAGAUGAGCAUAUUAACUGGUUCCAGCAAGAAUACGUGAAAACAGAAAAGGACUGGAGAGAAAUUGACAAGAGGAUGAGCCAGACCUUGGGAAUAAGAAGAAAGAUGAUCAGAAGCGGAACACCUCUGAAGAACAUCUUUAAAAUGUUUCCUUUCCUGAAGUGUCCUUAUCAGAUGUUCAGAGAAAUCCAACUUCUUACAAGAACAGAUAUUUACAAGAAAACAAGGCACAUUUUGGAAUCCUAUUCAGAAAACAUACUGACUUCUCUUUCAGUGGUGGACCAUCCAAUCAGUGUUGCAUUCCAAGAAAAAAUAAAGCAGUGCACAGAUGAAGACAUGCUGAAAUAUAUGAAGAUGAUGGCCACGUGUUUACUCCUCCCAAAUGUUUUUGGGGAUGACCCCAGUCUCUUUGUUGUCGUCAAUGAGAAGGUACAAGUGUCCACGCCUGUGCUGGAAGUUAAAAACCCUUUCAACAUCAAUGCUUGUGAAAUUUCUUUAUAUUUAGACAGAGAGAGGCUCACAAAGGUAGACGACUGUGUCACAGCCGUGGCUGCUCUUGUGGCUGCCUUUCAGGUAUUUGGGAUCGAGUGUCCAAGAAGACUGUUCCAAACCCUAAACUUCCUAGACACACUGAUUUUUGACGUUCACAGCCCCCAUUUUCCUUCUUUGAAAGAAAAGGAAAAGGAAGUAGGAUUUCAACACCCACUUAAUAAUAUGCUACAUACUGCAUCAGAAUUUGCUUCUGGGACGGAUGAAACUUUGUAA